AUGACAACGGAGGAAGAGAGCCAGGCGGGCGCUGCGCAGGGGGGGAGUCAGCAGCUAGAAAAAGAUGAGCCAACCAUCGAGGGCACAGGCAAAGCUGAAGCGAAGAAUGAAGACGUGCAGAAAAGGUUCGAAGCCCUAAACAACACCAUCGAAAAUAUGAACAUCCACUUUAACACGAUUCUGAAGGACAAUGAGGAGAAAUACAUUUUGGCAUUCAACACGUAUAUGUAUGACGUACAGAAAGAAAUCCGCGUUUUAAAAAAAAUUGUCAAGGAGGAAAAAAUAAGGGAGUUGAAGGAGGAACGGGUGAAGAAGCUGCAAAAGGAGCUGAAGUGGUACAUAAAUGAGUGCCUACGGUUGGACAACGUUUCCCAGUUCUUGAAAAAGGAGGCGGAGAAGUGGAAGAGGAACAGCGAGCUGAUGAAGAAUCAUAUGCUCUUUCUGGAGAAGAAGCUCGCCAAGAUGUAUGACAAGGUGAUUCUGAAGGAGGAGACGGGGGUGGGAGCGGGGGUAGGAGCCGAAACGGGAACACAAGCCAAAGAAGGGCCCUUUUACAGAAAGGAGGGCAGCGCACAGAAGAGAAAUGCCGCACCAAGGAAAGCGCAGAAAAGAGAACAAUACGGUGGGGGAGCGCAAUGUGGCGGACAGAGCGAGGGCGGCAACGCCGAGUGCACACCGAAGAAUAAAGCGAAGAUGGAGGAGAACAACGCCAAAGAGUUGCAGCACAAGGUAGCCAAUUUAGAAAAGAAACUGAAGAAGCAAAUAAACAUAAAUUGCAGUUUACAAGAAAAACUUACAAAGCAUUACAUCGAAAAGUCGCAGUACGAAAAAUUGUUUAUGGAAUGUGCGCAACAGGUUAAAAAGGACCUAGCGAAAUUAGCCAUGAGCAAUGACAAGGAGAAGUACGUAGAAGAAAAUUUCACGUCAUUAAUGAAUGAGGCGGAACUGAGUUACUUUACCAAGGAGGAAAAGAAGAAGUUACUCGUGUCCUUUUUCUCCUCCAACGAUUUGAUCCAGUUUGUGAAGAAAAACGUUUUCUGUAAGGAGAGGGCGUCCUUCGAUUUGCAGUCCAAAAAUAGCUACCCCAGUACAGCCGUCAAGUACCAGAAACGGUCUGACAUUUCGCCCUUCAUUUUGUGA